CUCUACCCGGGCCACGCAUCCUGCAAAACGCUUUCGCGGGGAGGCCGACUCGAGCGCUGGCUCAUGUACUGGUCCGUACUCCGUUGCAUCGUCGCUGUAGAAUAUGUCGACGAGUACGAGUGGCCCGUCUCAUGCUGUACGCUCUUCUUCCACUACCUCGCCCUCCCACAAACAUCGGGCUUCGUCUGGCUCUACACGACCCACCUCUGCCCUUUCUUCGUCGCGCACGAGCACGAGAUCGACACCGCGCUCGCCCAGCUCAAGACCUACCUCUAUUCCUACGUCCAGCAG